AUGGCGUAGAGAGGAAGAUACUGGGCACGGCGCAAGGAAAAUAGAGUACCUUUUCUGCUGUUAGAGAGCAGACUUUUACAUUUCCAUCCAGGAAAUAAUCAAUUCCAUCGUUUAAUAUUCAUUUAUCCUUUUAGGCUUUGCAGUGGUUACGUCUACAUUUUCAAGAUGAUGUCCGAUGCCAGUGACAUGUUGGCAGCGGCUUUGGAACAAAUGGAUGGAAUCAUAGCAGGCUCCAAGGCUUUAGAGUACUCAAAUGGCAUCUUCGACUGCCAGUCCCCUACCUCUCCCUUCAUGGGCAGCCUGCGAGUACUACACUUGGUUGAAGACCUUCGUGGCUUGUUGGAACUGAUGGAAGUAGAAGAAAAAGAAGGAUUACGUUGUCAAAUCCCAGACUCCACUGCAGAGACUGUGGUUGAAUGGCUCCAGGGUCACAUGAUCAAUGGAUACAUCUCUGUGAGUGGUGAUGUUUACCAGGAAAGACUGACUCGCCUAGAGAGUGAUAAAGAAUCCCUUGUUCUGCAAGUGAGUGUGUUAACAGAUCAAGUGGAAGCACAAGGAGAGAAGAUCCGAGAUCUUGACUUUUGCUUGGAGGAGCAUAGAGAAAAACUAAAUGCUACUGAGGAAAUGCUGCAACAGGAACUUUUAAGCAGAUCUGCCCUGGAGACUCAGAAAUUGGAUCUCAUGGCUGAGAUUUCCAACCUAAAACUAAAGCUGACCGCUAUGGAGAAAGACCGUCUGGAUUUUGAGGGGAGGUUCAGGGAUAGUGAGGGGUUGAUCCAGGAGAUAAACGAGCUGAGGUUCACGAUAGCAGACAUGGAAAAUGAAAGGCUCCAGUAUGAAAAGAAACUGAAAUCAACAAAGUCGCUUAUGGCCAAACUCUCUAGCCUGAAAAUCAAGGUGGGUCAGAUGCAAUAUGAAAAGCAGAGGAUGGCGCACAAAAGCCAGACACUAAAGGAUGAGUUGGUGAUGUUGAAGGACAAACUAGAGCAGAAAGAUGGGGAGGUGAAGAGACUGUGGGAUGAAAGCCUCUACAAGAUCACAAGUGCAACCGGAGGUUCAGAAAAGGAUGAAAAAGAUGAACAUUUAAAAAGGAAGCUCAAAGAGAAAUACUUAGAGGUGCAGAAGAUGAAAAGGGCAGUUGAAUCUUUGAUGGCAGCAAAUGAGGAGAAAGACCGUAAAAUUGAGGAACUUAGGCAGUCGCUGAACAGGUACAAGAAGGUUCAAGACAUGGUCAUGUCAGCUCAGGUUAAAAAAGAUAAACUUAAAGAUGGCAGCAGUGAGGAGAGUCAGAGUGAUAGCUCGGUUUCAGUGUCGACUGCUAUUUCAGUCUCAAUUGAAUCUGAGAAAUCUUCCUCGCCUGUCGCAACAAAUGAAGAAGAGAUAGUAAAAACUCCUGAUGAGAUACCUGUUCAAAUGCACAAAAGUGUUCUCCAAGUUUCAAUCCCAGCUUUGGCAUCUUCACCAAAGAACUGCAGAGAGGUCGAGCAGGCCCAGAGCCAGGAGACGGAGGAUUGGGGCCUGUCAGAAAUGAGUGGGAUGAUGACACCAGAUAUUUCUUCAAUAAUACAAGAAACAAGUUUGUGUGAUAGUCCUGUAACACAAAGUAUUGCCAACUCAAGCAGUAUGGACAACUUGAAAAGCAGUGACACAGAUAAGAACCCUGUCGUAGCGGUGGUUCAUCAGAAGCCAACAGAGAACAAAGCUUAUGAAGAGUUCAGCAAGUUUAGUGCUCUUCCUCCUAAGCCUCCUGGUCAGCCUGGCUCAGUCGACGAUGAAAGCUUUGGUUCUCGGAAAACGAGGGCCUCGUUUGGUCGCGGCUUCUUCAAGAUCAAGGGAAGCAAGAGGACAGCAAGUGCACCCAAUCUAGAUCGCAGUCGAAGUGCAAGUGCACCUACGUUAGCGGAGACAGAAAAAGAAGGCUCUGAGCACAUAGAUCUGGCAGGAAUGCCUCGUAGGUCUGUAGAGGCUGACGGCUCCCAAACAUCACCUUCUUCCCCAGACUCCAAGAAAAAGGCCAGAGGAAUCAAGAAAUUCUUUGGAAAGCUUAAAAGAAGCCAGUCUGCAACGUUUAACCCUGACGAUAUGUCUGACACAGAAUUUAAAAGAGGUGGUGUGAGAGCAACUGCAGGCCCCAGGCUGGGCUGGUCCCAGGACCUACAGCAUGCUAACAGUGAAUUAGAUAUGCCGUUUGCAAAGUGGACAAAGGAGCAGGUGUGUAGCUGGCUAGAGGAACAGGGCCUGGGUUUAAAUGUGAACUUUGCCAAACGGUGGAUCAUGUCGGGUCAGACUCUACUGCAGGCUUCACAGCAGGACCUUGAGAGGGAGCUUGGAAUUAAACAGCCUCUUCACAGGAAGAAGCUGCAGUUGGCCUUGCAAGCCCUUGGCUCAGAGGAAGAUGACCGCAAAGGAAGACUUGAUUAUAACUGGGUCACGAGGUGGUUGGAUGAUAUUGGACUACCCCAGUACAAGACUCAGUUUGAUGAAGGACGAGUAGACGGGAGAAUGCUUCAUUACAUGACUGUUGAUGAUUUGCUGUCCCUGAAAGUUGGAAGUGUUCUGCAUCACCUUAGUAUCAAGAGAGCCAUUCAGGUCCUGCGCAUCAAUAACUUUGAGCCCAACUGUUUACGCAGGCGACCCUCAGAUGAGAACAACAUAACACCAGCAGAGAUUGCCCAGUGGACAAAUCACCGUGUUAUGGAAUGGCUGCGAUCCGUGGACCUGGCAGAGUACGCUCCCAACUUGAGAGGGAGUGGUGUACAUGGAGGCUUAAUGGUGUUGGAACCUCGGUUUAACGUGGAAACAAUGGCCCUUCUGUUGAACAUUCCUCCAAACAAAACUCUCCUGCGACGACACUUGGCAACCCACUUCAAUUUACUGAUUGGCCAAGAGGCUCAGCAACAGAAGCAGGAAUCUGUGGAGUCUCCUGACUACACCCUUCUCACUGCCACUGCCAAAGUGAAGCCAAGAAAGCUUGCUUUUGGAACUUUCGGGAGUUUGCGGAAGAAGAAACAGGAAGAAAGCGAGGAAUACGUGUGCCCAAUGGAUGUGGCAAUGCCCACAGGAAGUAGUUUUCAGAAUGCAUAUAAGCGUGGAAUGGAAAUCGGACUGUAUGAUGACGACCUUGAUCGCUUGGAACAGAUGGAGGACUCUGAAGGAACUGUCAGACAAAUUGGAGCUUUUUCUGAGGGCAUCAACAACUUGACAAGCAUGUUAAAAGAUGAAGAAUUCUUCAAAGAACUCUCCACCUGUUCUCCCAGUGCCAGCAUAACAGAUGAAGACUCAAAUGUGUGACAAAGAAAAUGAUCCUCAUUUAGAUAAACGGAUGGGCUGUGAACCGUGAAACUGACUGCAAAUUGUAAAGAAUACCUAUACAUUACCUGUAUGCUAUAUAAUAUAU